AUGGCAACAGCAAAAAGUGCUUCUUACGACUACCUUAUUAAACUCUUGUUGAUUGGCGACUCUGGCGUUGGCAAGAGUUGUCUAUUGCUUCGUUUCUCUGAUGACUCGUUUACACCUUCUUUUAUCACGACUAUUGGUAUUGACUUCAAGAUUCGUACUAUUGAACUUGAUGGUAAGCGUAUAAAGUUGCAAAUCUGGGAUACAGCAGGACAAGAGCGAUUCCGUACUAUUACUACGGCUUAUUAUCGUGGUGCUAUGGGUAUUUUACUAGUUUAUGAUGUUACGGACGAAAGAUCUUUUGGAAACGUCAGAAAUUGGUUUUCAAAUAUCGAACAACAUGCAAGUGAAGGUGUAAAUAAAAUUCUCAUUGGAAACAAGUGUGAUAUGGAAGAAAAACGGGUUAUUUCAAAAGAACAAGGCCAAGCUUUAGCAAACGAGUUGGGCAUUCCAUUUGCCGAAACAAGUGCAAAAGCCAACAUUUCAGUUGAAGAAGCCUUCUUUGACUUGGCAAGAGAGAUUAAAAAGAGAUUGAUUGAUACUCAGCAAGCUCAACAGACGAGACAAAGAGAAGAAGUCAAGCUCGACAAUUCAGCUAUCAAGAGCAACGACAACGCCAAUUCAGGUGGUUGUUGUUAA